AUGGACGACGAGUCACAGCCGGAGGAGCCGCAGUUCCCGAGCAGUACGCGGCUGCUGGAGCUCCAACUCAUGCAUCGAUGGUCGACAAUCACCCACAGGAGCGUGUGCACGCCCGCUGCCAAGGAUGACCAUGUUUGGCGCAACAAGCUGCCGCAGUGGGCACUAAGCCACGACUUCCUGCUGAAUGGAAUGUUGAGCCUCACGGCGUUCGAAGCAGCCAGUGCCUCGGCGGGACAGAAUCGCGAACGCUACGUCACGGCGGCGACCGAGUACCAGUCUGUCGCGCUGAACAAGUUUCGCCAACAUCUCCAACUGGUCCAGCUGGCGCCCCAUCCGAGCAACAGCAGCUAUGAGCCGGUGCUGGCCUUCUCGAUGAUGCUGAUGGUUCUGGCGCUGGCGUCGGCGCAGUUCACCCCCGCCACCCCCUCCGACGCGCACCGAUCAGCCGGCAUGGUGCAAAACACCAUUACACACUACCAGCUCAUUCGCGGAUGCGCCACCGUGCUCGGCGACGGGGGUGAGCAGUACCUCGCUUCAAAUCCUUAUGUGCUGAAACUCACCCGCUUCGACGAUCUCCCACGCUUGCCGGUCGAUUCGCCUUCUGCCGUCGUGCUAGCGAGGUUGAACGAGGCCAACGAGCGCAGGCUGACUAGAACCGUUGGCGAGCCGUACGAAGCGAGGGUCCAACAUGUCAAGUAUUUCGAGGCGUGUAAGAAAUCGAUCGGCCUAUUGGAGCAAUAUUUCGCCAAAUGUACAGGGGACGUCGACGAAAGCUAUCAAGGAUAUAUACUUGGGUGGCUGAACAUGGCAGGCGACGAGUACGUAUCGAGCAUCAAGGAUGGAGAUCACGUCGCGUUGCUAGUAUUGAUGCUCUGGGGCGCUGUGGUGGAGAAAUUCGGCCACAAGGUCUGGUGGGCUAGGCGUUUUGGAAGGUUGUUGGUCGAGGAGAUUGCCAGACAGGUGGGCAAGGGGGACGCUGAUGCCUUGACCAGGGAGAUCAUCGCGUUGGCGAUCGAGUGGGUUGUCAGGGCUGGUCCUUGA